AUGCCUUCCGCACAGCUUGCAACACCUCCUGCCACCCCCUCUGGUCUGGAACCCUCUCUACCUCUUGCUUCACCAUGUCUGUCAUACUGGCAUAAAACCACUCGCGGCUUCGCUCAUCUCAAUGCCAACAAAGAUAUCCCCACACCAGAAACAGCCGACUACGUGAUUAUCGGCUCAGGCAUUUCUGGUGCCUUGACAGCCUUCUCGCUCAUCGACUCCGGCAUCCCUGGCAACAAAAUCCUCAUCCUCGAAGCUCGAGAAGCAGUAUCAGGCGCUAGCGGUAGAAAUGCCGGACACGUUCGCCCCGAUGCGUUCAGAGGUUAUGCUGCAUACGCAGCUGUCCAUGGUCCCGAGCAAGCAAAGAAAAUCAUCGUAGAGGAAAGAAAAGUGUUGCAUGCUGUGGACGAGUUUGUGCGUCGACACAAUGUUCCUUGCGACUUUGAUCUUACCACUACGUUUGAUGUGUGCUUGACGCCUGAGUUUGCUGCGUACGAAGCAAAGAGCUUUGAGGCGUAUAAGGCGGCUGGAGGAGAUGUGUCGCAUGUACGAUUCUAUGAGGGCGAUGAGGCGAAAAACAGAACAAGAGUUCCGGAGGCUAUUGCUGCGUAUGAGUGGCCUGCUGGAUCUAGUCAUCCUGCCAAAUUGGCACAGUGGCUGUUGAGCAGUGUCAUCAACAAGGGCGCACAGCUGUGGACGCACUGUCCUGCGAUUGCAGUGACCGAGUCGAAGCGUCCAGGAUAUCGAUGGGACGUACGUACACCGCGAGGCACCAUCGCGGCGCAAACGAUUGUGCACAGCACCAAUGCGUAUGCCGCAGCAUUACUUCCUCACCUCAACGGCUACAUCACGCCGAACAGAGCACAAGCACAUUCGCUCAUACCCACCUCUGCCUUCAGUGCUGAGAAGGCUUUCACCAGCACCAUGUCGCUCAGAUACAGCCUUCAUCACUUCUACUCGGUCAUCCAGAGGAAAGGCGAUGGAACCGUUGUCCUCGGCGUCUCUAGAUCAAAUCCAGAGCUCAGCGAAGAGACACUGGCAGUACGAGAGAGUUUUGACGAUGGUGCUUUCAAUCAAGAGAUAGUCGAUGAUGCACUGAAGCGCUUCGGAAUCAUGUUUCCAGAACAUGUUACGAAGCGCGAGCGUCAUGGCGAAGGGCUGGAUCAUGCGUGGACAGGAAUCAUCGCUAUGACNCCUGAUUCAGUACCGUAUGUCGGCGCUAUUGAAGAGUUGCCUGGGCAAUACAUCUGUGCUGGAUUCAAUGGACAUGGGAUGGCGAGAAUCUUCACUUGUGCACCGGGCGUAGCCAAGUUGAUCCUCGGUGGUUCGUGGGAGGAAAUAGGACUGCCAGAGUGUUUCCAAUAUGGCAAGGAGAGACUCGUGAAGGCUGUGCGUAAGGGACAGAAAGGAAGUGUUUGGUAG